CCUAGGCCAGAGGCCAAAUAACAGAAAAAGAUUGAUAAAUGUCAAUUGUCAUCCGGUGAAAGAAAAAGCAAGAAAAUUAAAUUCCAAAAUAUUGUAAAAAUAUUUUUUUAAAAAGUUAUGUCUAAAUCCGGAAAUUCGGGUACAUUUGAACCACAGCAAUAUGAGGGACAGGCACAGAUAGCUCAAAAAACAUGGGAAUUGACUAAUUCUGUUGAAGUAGUAAGUUCGGUUGAUGAAAUAUAUCGAUAUGACAAGAAACAACAACAGGACAUACUGGCAGCAAAACCUUGGGAAAAAGACCCGCAUUUUUUCAAAGACAUCAAAAUCUCCGCCCUAGCUUUAUUAAAAAUGGUCAUGCACGCAAGAUCUGGAGGCACCCUCGAAGUAAUGGGAUUAAUUUUGGGCAAAGUUGAUGGUAAUACAAUGUUUGUAAUGGAUUCUUUCGCAUUGCCUGUGGAAGGUACUGAAACACGUGUCAAUGCCCAAGCGCAGGCUUAUGAAUACAUGAGUUCUUACAUUGAAGCAGCAAAACUGGUUGGUCGACAAGAAAACGCCAUUGGUUGGUACCACAGCCAUCCAGGUUAUGGUUGUUGGUUAUCUGGAAUAGAUGUAAGCACACAAAUGUUGAAUCAGAAUUUCCAAGAACCAUUUGUGGCUAUUGUGAUUGAUCCUGUUCGCACAAUUUCGGCCGGUAAAGUAUGCUUAGGUGCUUUCAGAACUUAUCCAAAGGGCUAUAAACCUGCAAACGAAGAACCUUCUGAAUACCAAACUAUACCUCUAAAUAAAAUUGAAGAUUUCGGCGUACAUUGUAAACAGUACUAUUCAUUAGAAGUGUCUUAUUUCAAAUCGGCUUUAGAUAGGAGACUUUUGGAUUCGCUUUGGAAUAAAUACUGGGUGAAUACUUUGAGUUCGUCCAGUUUAUUGACGAACGCCGAUUACACGACCGGACAAAUUUUCGAUUUGUCCGAAAAAUUAGAACAAUCCGAGGCUGCAAUAGGCCGUUGUGGUUGUAUUGUAGGAGGAGAGAAAAGAACGGAGGACAAAUUGCUAAAAGCGACAAAGGACAGUUGCAAAACGACCAUAGAAAUCAUACACGGACUGAUGGCGCAGAUGGUCAAAGAUAGGUUGUUCAAUAGCGUCACUCCGGCUAGCAGUGUCGCCUCGGAGCUACAAUAGUUUCAGGGAGACGGAAAGUCUUGGAGUAAGACGAAAUUGUCGAUUUCAUUGAAAAAUAUAUUACUAAUUUAAUAUUUUUGAUUUUGUUUAGUUAUAAGGUUGUCCUUCGUGUAAUUGUUUUAAGAAUUUUUACAAUUUAGGUUUUGUAUAAGAUUCAUUAAAAUGUAAAAAUUUGAUCGUUUAAUGAUUUUAUAAGAUAAUAAAUUAUAAAAUAUACAUUUUUUCUUCUAUCCAAAGCGUUAUAUCACAAUAUUAUUACUAGGUAAGCCACUGGAGUUGAGAUAGGUCACCGACUAAAAUUGGCAGUAUUAAUUUUUAGACAUCAGACA